UUUGGAAUCCUGGCCUGAGGAGACAGGAAAAAGCGUAGGAUUCGUGAGCGUUGAUUGGCCGAAGCGAGAAACGUCCUUGGCGCUCACUGGCUCCGUCAUUCGCGGGAAGGAAUUUGUGGCGCCAGAAAAAAGUAGAAACAACGUUGUCGCAGCAGCGGGAUUCUGAGGAGUUUGGCGAGCCCACCAAACCGGAACUUUCUGGACUUCUUUCCCAAAGAAAUCGCGGCCGACAUGUGGAAUAGUGGAUUUGAAAGCUAUAGCAGCUCCACCACCUUUGGGGGAGCCAGCAGCUACACUCAGUCCCCGGGGGGCUUCGGAUCGCCGACACCUUCCCAGGCUGAAAAGAAAUCAAGAGCCCGAGCCCAGCACAUUGUACCCUGUACCAUAUCUCAGCUGCUUUCUGCUACUCUGGUUGAUGAAAUGUUCAAAAUUGGGAAUGUUGAAAUUUCACAGGUCACUAUUGUGGGAAUAAUCAGACACGCAGAGAAGGCUCCAACCAAUAUUGUUUACAAAAUAGAUGACAUGACAGCUGCACCCAUGGAUGUUCGCCAGUGGGUGGACACAGAUGACACCAGUGGUGAAAAUACUGUAGUUCCUCCAGAAACAUAUGUGAAAGUGGCUGGCCACCUGAGAUCCUUUCAGAACAAAAAGAGCCUGGUAGCCUUUAAGAUCAUGCCCCUGGAGGAUAUGAAUGAAUUUACCACACAUAUCCUGGAAGUAGUCAAUGCACACAUGGUGCUGAGCAAAUCCAACAGCCAGCCCUCAGUAGGGAGAGCAUCUAUCAGCAAUCCAGGAAUGGGGGAAGCAGGAAACUUCAGUGGGAAUAGCUUCAUGCCAACAAAUGGCCUCACUGUGGUCCAAAACCAGGUGCUGAAUUUGAUAAAGGCUUGCCCAAGACCCGAAGGGUUGAACUUUCAGGAUCUCAGGACUCAGCUCCAACACAUGCCUGUAGCUUCAAUCAAGCAAGCUGUGGAUUUUCUCAGCAACGAGGGACACAUCUAUUCUACUGUGGAUGAUGAUCACUUUAAAUCCACAGAUGCAGAAUAACUGGAUUUCAUUGGGUACCUGAGAUAUUUCCAGCUGGAUCUGUUUGCACAGUCCAUUGCCUCCAGCUCUGUAUAUAUAUGGUCAAGUGACUUCAAAGAAGGAGAUUCAUCUGUAAAGAGUUUUAGCUGGCUUGAAACUUACUGACUGCUUUUCUGUUUUUGUAUUUUGUGGUUUUGAAGCUCAAAGGGAGAUGGACAGUUGACAGGGAUGUAAACCAGGAUGGAAUUUUUCUCAAGUUUCAAGUAAGCUCGUUAGGAUACCAGGAUAGAUGGGAUUAGAAGAGAUGCGCUACCAAGAGAGUUAGGCAUUUACUUAACACCUGGGAGUUUCUGUUCUUGAAGUUUUUCUGUUCAGAUGAGCAGGAUGAAGGUCUGUGGGCAGAGCACCAACCUAGGAACCCACUGCCCUCUGUCUAUUUUUGUUUCCCACUCUGGUUCUAUGGUUACUUUCAAAAUUGCACUUUUGUUCCCCUUCUUGCCUUGUCUGCUGCUGAAGGUGGGUUUUUUAUGAAAAUGAGAUUUAGCAUGCUAGCAUUAUAGGACGGAGGAGGAGAAGAAAUGUUAAAUAAAACAGUUCUGUUAUUGCAGUA